AUGCCGAUAACAGCGGUGACGAUCGUUAACGAUAGUGGUGGAUCUUCGUUGCUUGUCGGAACUUGUAGAUCUGGAACAGAAAAUCAUAGAUCUAAUGGCGGUAAUCGUGGAUCUGAAACUGAAAAUGUAGAUCUGGAAUCGUUUGGAGCAUACAUAUCUGAUGGAAGUGGUUGGCCGGUGUUCGCAUCUUCUCAAUUUGUAGUCAACAAUCGGUCCCCUAAGCCCUUCUACCGACUCCGUCUUCUCCAAAUCCUCAUAAUCGGUAUUUACACACAGGGACUCUACAGUAGAUGUCUGAUGUAUCUUUUAUUGGGCCAUGUCUAUUUGACGAUGAUCGAUAUAUAG